GCCCUGCUCUACAGUCUUCGUAAAUCUCCGAGUAAAUCCCUUCAGCUGCCUGUGGACAUGUCGGGCUGAUCUCUGAGGGAACUUUCAGGAAAUGCAACAGGUGGAGGAGCCGGAGGGACGAAGCGGGACACCGGGAGACUUUCUGCUCCUCCAGACGGACACCAGGCUCUCCGCCGGGGCUCCUCACCCAGCCGUUACCGGGGCAGAGCGGCUCUGAGCGGUCACCGUGAACACAUUUGACCCCCGCGGCUCUCCGUGUGUUUGUGGUCAGCGUCCGUUAGCGUCCCGGCUAGCCGCAGACAGCCUCCAGGAGCCGAACACGCACUCAGCCGUUCACACGCUCAGGAGGCAUCAUGGAUGAAAACAGCCUCACCGGCUCCAACGUGAAGGUCGCUGUUCGUGUCCGACCCAUGAACAGGAGAGAAAAAGACCUAAAGACUAAAUGUGUGGUGGAGAUGGAAGGAAACCAGACGGUUCUGCAUUCAGCUGUAACCAGCGCCAGCAAAGGAGACCCCCGGACCCAGCCAAAGGUCUUUGCCUAUGACUACUGUUUCUGGUCUAUGGAUGAAUCCCAUAAAGAUAAGUUUGCAGGUCAGGAGGUUUUGUUCCAGUGCCUUGGAGAGAGUCUGCUGGACAACGCCUUCAUGGGAUACAACGCCUGCAUCUUCGCUUACGGACAGACAGGUUCAGGGAAGUCGUACACCAUGAUGGGCUCAGCGGAGCAGCCCGGUCUGAUCCCUCGACUCAGCAGCUCCCUGUUCAGCCGGACGGUCCAGGAGGCCAGAGAAGGAGAGAGCUUCACCGUGGAGGUCUCCUACAUGGAGAUCUACAACGAGAAGGUUCGAGACCUGCUGGACCCCAAAGGAAGUCGACAGGCUCUGAGAGUCAGAGAACAUAAAGUUCUGGGUCCGUAUGUUGACGGUUUGUCCCGCCUGGCCGUGGCCAGCUACAAGGACAUAGAGUCUCUGAUGUCAGAGGGAAAUAAAUCUCGUACCGUGGCAGCGACCAACAUGAACGAAGAGAGCAGCAGAUCCCAUGCUGUGUUCAACAUCAUCCUGACGCACACCCUCAUGGACCUGCAGUCUGGAACGAGUGGAGAGAAGGUGAGCAAACUGAGUCUGGUGGAUCUUGCCGGAAGCGAACGAGCAGCAAAGACCGGAGCAGCAGGAGAACGACUGAAAGAAGGAAGCAACAUCAACAAGUCUCUCAGCACUCUGGGUUUGGUUAUCUCAGCGUUGGCCGACCAGGGAGCUGGAAAGAACAGGAGCAAGUUUGUUCCCUACAGGGACUCUGUUCUCACCUGGCUGCUCAAGGACAGCCUGGGAGGAAACAGCCGCACCGCCAUGGUCGCCACCAUCAGCCCCGCCGCCGAUAACUACGACGAGACGCUGUCCACGCUGCGCUACGCCGACAGAGCCAAGAGCAUCGUGAACCACGCCGUGGUCAAUGAAGACCCCAACGCCAGGAUCAUCCGAGAGCUCAGAGAGGAAGUGGAGAAGCUGAGGGAGCAGCUGACCGAGGCCGAGUCCAUGAAGGCGCCGGAGCUGAAGGAGCGACUAGAAGAAUCUGAAAAACUGAUCCAGGAAAUGACGGUGACCUGGGAGGACAAACUCAGGAAGACUGAGGCCAUCGCACAGGAGCGUCAGAAGCAGCUGGAGAGUCUGGGCAUCUCUCUGCAGUCUUCUGGCAUCAGGGUGGUGGAUGAUAAGUGUUUCCUGGUCAACCUGAACGCUGAUCCGGCCCUCAACGAGCUGCUGGUCUACUACCUGAAGGAUCACACCCGUGUGGGCUCAGCCGACUCUCAGGACAUCCAGCUGUGUGGGAUGGCCAUCCAGGCCGAGCACUGCGUCAUCGACGUCCUGGAGAACAACGGCGUGAUGCUCAGUCCUCACCGCAACGCUCGAACUUGUGUGAACGGUUCUGCAGUGUCCAGUCCGGUGCAGCUUCAUCAUGGAGACCGGAUCCUGUGGGGAAACAACCACUUCUUCAGGAUCAGCCUACCCAGACAUAUGGUCCACCCCGAUGAGGAGGAGGAGGGUGGAGCCGUGAUGAAGACGUGUCUGAGCUCCGACCGGCUGGAGGUGGACGUGGACGGAGCCAGCGACGUCUCCAGCGAGCUGAGCUUCGGCUACGAGUUCGCUCAGGCCGAGGUGAUGAUGAAAGGCAUGGGCCACAACGACCCCCUACAGUCGGUGUUGCAGACCCUGGAGAGGCAGCAUGAGGAGGAGAAGCGCUGUGCUCUGGAGCGUCAGAGGCUGAUGUAUGAACAGGAGCUGCAGCAGCUCCGUCAGAGACUCAGUCCUGAGAAACCGUCCCACCUCCUGGAGGCUUCAGGCCUCCCGGUGGGAGCUGCUGCCGUACCGUCUCCCUCCUCCCAGAAACGUGUGCGGCGCUGGAGCGAGGACAGAGAAGCCAUGAUGACUCGCAGCCUUCGGCGUCUUCGGGAGCAGAUACUUCGAGCCAAACUGUUGGCUCAGGAGGCAGGCUUCAUCGCCGAGGAGCUCAACAAGAGGACGGAGUACCUGGUGACGCUGCAGAUACCUGCUGCCAACCUGGACGCCAACAGGAAGCGUGAUGUGGUGCUGAGCGAACCGGCCAUCCAGGUGCGCCGUAAAGGUAAAGGGAAGCAGAUCUGGGCUCUGGAGAAGAUGGAGAACCGGCUGGUGGACAUGAGGGAGCUCUACCAGGAGUGGAAGGACUUCGAUGAAGACAAUCCUAUGAUGAGGUCCUACUUCAAGCGUGCCGACCCGUUCUUCGAUGAGCAGGAGAACCACAGUCUGAUCGGCGUGGCCAACGUCUUCCUGGCCUGUUUGUUUUACGACGUCAAGCUGCAGUACGCAGUACCCAUCAUCAACCAGAAGGGGGAGGUUGCGGGUCGGCUGCAUGUGGAGGUGUUUCGAGGCACUGAGAGCUCAGAGGAGGAACCUGCAGCUCAAAGCGACUCUCAGCUGACAGACGGAGAUCCACAGGAGAGGAAGCUGGACUGUGUGGUGAAAGUCCUCCAGGCCACCGGUCUUCCUCGCCACCUGUCCAACUUCGUCUUCUGUCAGUAUCACUUCUGGGGCCAGGAGGAGCCGGUGUUCACGGCUCCAGAGGUGGCGCCGUCGAGCUCUUUGUCGGCCUCCAGAGACCCUCAGUGCACGGUGGUGUUCGACAGCGCCAAGGAGCUGUCGGUGGCGGUAUCUGAGGACUUUGUGGAGUUCCUGGCAGAGGGGGCGGUGGCCAUCGAAGUGUACGGACACAAACAGGCCAACCAUCGCAGGAACCUGGCUCUGUGGGACCUGGGAGUGAUCCAAGCCAAGACCAGAUCCCUCAGAGAGAGGUGGAGUGAGGUGACCCGUCGGCUGGAGCUGUGGGUUCAGCUGAUGGAGCUGAACGAGGCGGGAGAGUUCACACCUGUAGAAGUUCAACCUGCUAAAGACGUCCGCACAGGAGGAACCUUCCAGCUCAGACAGGGUCAGUCCCGGCGGGUCCAGGUGGAGGUCCGCUCGGUGUCAGACUCCGGUACGAUGCCGCUCAUCGCUGCCUCCAUCCUCUCAGUUUCUAUCGGAGACGUCAAAGUCCAACAGAUACGUCCCUCCAGAAAUGAUCCCCAAUGGGGUGGAGAUGAAGAAAUGGACAGCUACCAGGAGGUGGACCUGGAGAGGAUGAGGGAGCAGUGGUUGCUCACACUGACUCAGAGACAGGAGUAUUUGGAUCAGCAGCUGCAGAAGAUCGUUUCCAAACCAGAUAAGUCAGAGGAUGAUGUAGAGAGAGAAUCCCAGCUGCUGGAGUGUCGUCUGACCCUCACAGAGGAAAGAAAUGCUGUUCUGGUGCCGUCGGCCGGCAGCGGCAUCCCUGGAGCUCCGGUAGAAAGGGUUCCUGUACCUGGAAUGGAAACACACAUUCCUGUCCUGUUCCUGGAUCUCAGUGCUGAUGAUUUCCAGUCCAGUCUUUCUGCCCCGCUGGCCGGAGGCCUCGAUGCUGUGCUCAGCGGGGAGGACGACGACGACUUCUUUGACCUUCAUAUCGUUAAACACUGCGAUCCAGAGGUGAAGGUGGAGGCGUCCUGGGACUCCACGGUCCAUGAGUGUCCCCAGCUGAGUCGGGUGACGUCUGCUGACCAGAGGGUUUACCUGACGGUCCGUUCUGUGAUCCAGCUGAGCCACCCGGCCCACAUGCAGCUGGUCCUCAGGAAACGCAUCUGUGUGAACGUCACUGGGAGACAGGGUUUCGCCCAGAGCAUUCUGAGGAGGAUGUCUCAGCGCAGCACCAUCCCCGGCUGUGGAGUCACCUUUGAAAUCGUUUCCAACAUCCCAGGGGACAUCCAUGGUCCAGAGGACAGGGAGAUGUUGGCCCGGCUGGCUGCCAGCGCCGAGGACGACCAAUCAGCCGACAGCGAGGCGGCCAUCGAGAAAUAUCUGCGCAGCGUCCUGGCGGUGGAGAACGUCCUGACUCUGGACAGACUGAGACAGGAGGUGGCUGUGAGAGAACAGCUGGCCGUCAGAGGGAAAGCUGCCCGACGCUGCCUGAGCUCUCCAGACAUCAACCGGCUGUCAGCCAGCUGUGUGGACCUCUACUCCUCCACUCACAGACUCAGUGACUUUAAGGGCUGGGAGAGCCAUCAGGACCUCUCUGUGGUUCCUCCUCCGUCCAGACGAACGCUACCCAGCUCCAUAUCCCAGAACCUGAACCCAGAGACCGUGAAGGCCGUCCCCAGGCUGCUGAAGUCGCUGCUUCCUGGUGGGAGGGAGGAUGGUGGUGAGCAGACGUCUGUCCAUCAGCAGGGUUUGCCACGCAUCGUGGUGCAGUCGGCCAGCGUUGAAGAAGGCAUGAGCAAACAUCAGCAGCCAAUUCCUACUGAGGAAGUCCUUCCUUCCACAAUCGAACCUGAGAUCCCAAAGUCUGUCCCCCUUCCACCUCCGAUCAUCCCAGAGACAGAAGACUCCACGCCCAGCCCAGUGAGUGAAGCUUCCAGUGGAUACAUGUCCACCAGCAUCUCCACCGCCACGCUGUCUGAGAUAUACACUCUGAGCUGGGACCUUCCUCCUUCAUCUAGCAGCAGAGCAGAUGGAUUUGAGGCAGUGCCAGAUGAAGAGGAAGAGGACACUAAAGACACACAGAGGUCCUCACCUCUCUAUGUCUCCUCACAGUCUGAUGCUGGUCCUGAACCUCUUCAUGCCGACCAAUCAGAGCCUCCAGAGUCACUGCUGGGUUUGAAUGAGCAGGUAGCUGCAGAGACGACCGACCAGCCUCCAUCCAACAAGAAGAACCGGCAAGAACCAGAUGUGUCUCCAUCAGUCCAGCUGAAGGAGGUAGAAGAACCUGAUCCACUUACAGAAAUAGAAUCUCAAGACCAGACCGUACAAAAACACGCCACAACUGACCAAUCAGAACAAAUAGACAACUCUGAGAAGCUUCCAGGUUCAGUGGAGGUAGAAGAAAGUGAAACUAAAUCACUGCAGAUACACCCCUCUAAACCAGGGACUCUGUCUGAAGGUCUUGAGGUGGUUUCUACCAAUGAGACACAAAGUGAUCUUUUUCUCCACAAUGAAAUUCCAUCAUCUGCCCAAGAAGGUGAAGGUCAGAUGGAACCAGUGAUCCCACUGCAGCAGCAACAAGACCAGACAUCUUCUGACUCUACUGAAGAUCCAGCUUCAGGCCUGCUGGAACCUUUACCUACUGCUCCAGAACCAUCUGAUGAUGCUGCUCUUCAAGGUUCAUCUGAGGAACAAUCAGCUUCUGAAGCCUCUGAUCCAAACGCUGCCUCCAUCCAGCCUUCAUCUUCAGCCACGGAUGACAUCCAACGGGUAGCACCUUCUGAAGCUUCUGCAAGAGCUGCUGCAAGUCCUCCAGUUACUGCUCAGGCUUCCAAACCCGUCUCUUCAGCAGCAAACCCCUUCAAGAUCCAGAAGGUGAAGUCCUCAGACCUGAAGUCCUUCCAGCAGAUCCUGGGUGAGGAGGAGGGCAGUCUGGGUCGGACCAGCAGCCUCGGGACGGGACUCAACCUCUCAGUGCCGAUGGAAAGUCUGGAGAUCAUCUCUGAUACAGAAGAAGGAGACGCCACAGCCUCAGCUGUGCUUCCUGAUUGGUUGAAAGAAGGGGAGUUUGUAACGGUGGGGGCCAAUAAGAGCGGCACGGUGAGAUACGUGGGACCCACCGAGUUUGCAGAAGGUACCUGGGUGGGAGUGGAGCUGGAGGUCCCAGCAGGAAAGAACGACGGGUCGGUGGGUGGGAAGCACUACUUCCACUGCAACCCCGGCUACGGGGUUCUGGUGAGGCCCGACAGAGUGACCCGAGGUGGAGUUAAACGGCGUCGCCAGCAGCAGCAGCAGCAGAAGCGUCGCAGCGCUAACCUGUCUGGAUCCAGCCCAAACCUGGCAGCUCUCACAGCUCUGGCCAAAGGAGACGCUGGUGGAGCAUCCGGCGGCCGAAGCCGAGGAGAGAACCGGAAGUCAUGGAACAACUAGAGGAACCCGCUGGACACCAACUCCCCCAGCAUCCUACCAGCAGCUGGUUGGUGGAUCAUCAGUAAUUUGGUUUAAUCUGGUCACAUUUAAAGUCAGAUGAUCACUUCAACUUCAUCACCUCUAACCUUCAUUCCUCCCUGAUGUACUCAGCAAUUUAAAACUCCUCACAAAUAUUGAAUGUUUCAUCAGAAAAUGUGAAUGUCUUUAGGUUUGUAAAUGCUAAUAACUGUUUUCCUGUAGUUAAUGUCAUUUUUAAAUGUAUUUAUUCCGGUGACAUUAAACCACAAUCAAAGCUCUGCCUCAGAAUCAGCACAACGUCAGCAGAUCUGCAUAAACAGUUGAAUAUUAAGAGCAGCUGAAGUUCACUGGAUGAAACUGUGAAGGUGUGGAUGUUUAAUCAGCUGUUUGCUGGAUCAGAUGCUGUAUUUUAUUCCUGUGCCUUUAAACACCGUCACUGCUUCCCAGCCAGCGUGCCUUACACACCUACACCGAAUACUGAGUUGUUGGAAGGUAGAAAGCUGCUCUCCGGCUGUUAAGGUGGAAUAUUCUGCCUCUUUAAUGUGUUUCUACUGUUUUAACAACUUGCACUCUUUUUUUGAAAAUUCUACUGAAAUUUUGCAGCAUUUUUAAAUCAGCUUUGUGUCUUUUCCUACUGAAUGAGUGGAAAUACGGACUCAAAGCGGCUUUUGUUUUGUUUUCUCCAGUGAUUUGUCUGAUUUCUCUGUCUGCUUUGGAGCCGGUUGAUUUGAGGAUACGAGGGAUUUUAUUUGUCGUGAUGCAUGUAGCGCUGAUGUUUAAGGACUUCUCUACAUAUCUGCAUUUAAGUCGAUCAUUCUGACCUCUUGGAUGCUUAUUUAUUAAAGAUGAAGACAGGAUGAAAAGUUUUUAUAUUGAUGAUGUUCAAUAAACUUCAUGUCGGGUCAAAGUCUGUGUUCAGAUUGAGAGAUGGAAAAAUAAAGCUGGUGUCAUUGA